UUGAUGAAACUUUUCAUUUUUUACACAUUUAUAUAUCAGAAAUCACUGCAGCAUGCAACUGCCACUGCUGCAUCGCAGCACUCAGAUGGCGGUGCUGAAGAAGCUCAUCAGGCGGAAGGUUCGGGAGGUGCGCUGGCGUAGGCAACGCGCCCAGCGUCGCCUGGAGAUAAUGCGCCAUAUUCGAUGGGAGCUGCUUAAGCUAAUGCAACAUUUAAUUGACUUGCGACAGCGAGACGCUGGACAGGAGCGACGGCAGCAGGCACGGCGGUCAGUGAGCGGUAUGCUUCACAUGUACAAGCGUUGGCUGGGCAACUGGACUAGGGCAAUCAAAAACCACGGGCAGCUCAUUCGGCAACAGGAGCAGGAGAAGCGGCGAUUGAACAGCCGGUUGCGCCUACUGCGAAAGCGUCUGCGAAAACAUCGCAGACCGAGGCACCUGGUUGACAGGUGUCUCGAGAAACUCGCCAAGGCAGUGAAGAGGUGGCAACGGAGGCCGGACUAUCAUCAGUAUUUCGAAGGCCAGAAGCUUAUCUGGGCGCAGGAGGCCGAGGAGGUGCGCAGAUACCUGGCAGAAAUUCGGGGAAAGUCCCCAAAGCGACGAAAGUCCUACCGCCGGAAAUCGCUGGGCCUGCAUAUAGACCUGCAAAAUUUCGGCAGUUUCUGGAAAUUCGAGGUGCUACGUAAGAAGAGAAAGCUUCGGAAAAUCCAAGCACCAAGCCAAGGACCCCCACCCGAGUGGACAGUCUACAGAAUACCCAAGCGACCGUUGAGGUAUCGAAGAAUAAGAAAAAACAAACCUAUAAACAAAACGAUUCAUUUAAAUCCCGGCGAACUAGAUGCAGAAAACGAACCUAUGAGCAAAAGGAUUCAGUUUAAUCUAGAUGGAGAUAAAAAGCGUAAGAGAAGGAGGAUGUCCAGCCGAAAACCCAGCGAGAAUGAUCCCUUGGGACCUUCGCUCAAAGAAAUGCAGCAGCUAUUCCAACAACUAACGUACCACAAUCCAGGAGAGCAGAAAGUUAGUACGGCUUUCGCCAGGGAUUCCAAAAGAAACCGACAUUCGAAAGGAAAAGCAGCUAAACUAGAUCUGUUCGAAGAGCUGGAAAAUGCGAUUAAUAUCACGAAGCCUCAAUCUAAGCUUCUGUCCAGCAAACGCAGGAGAGAUGCUAGGAAUCAGGUCAAUUUUAACCUGAACAGGCUGCGGGCUAUAGGCAGUGCCUUGAGGUCUAAUAUCCUAAAGUCAAAAGAUGCAAAAAAAACAAAAUUAGUGAAUGAGAAAGUUAGUGAGGACUUAGGCGGCUUGAAGAUAAACCACAAGAAACAUCCCAGUCUCAGUGAUUCGAUGGAAAGCAAGGAGCUUGGGGAUAGUUCUGAUCUCAUAAUUCCACACAAAUACGGUAGAAAGCCAAAAUCAAAAUCCGGUGAUGAGAAAAUUAAAAAAGCGUUGGACGCCUUGAAGAUAAACGACAAUAAGGACCCAAGUUCCAGGGUAUCGAAGGAAAGUAAGGACUUUCGGGACAAAUAUACUAGAAAGCCAAAAUCAAAAUCCGGGGAUGAGAAAACUGGAAAACCGAUGGACGACUUGAAGAGAAACAACAAGAAGGAUUCCAAAGGCGGACAUGUGGUCGAAAGCAAGGACCUUUGGGACACCUCUGAUUUCUUACAUCCUGCAACCAAGCACCACAAAAAGAUCCAGAAGAAGAAGAAACCAAAAAGGGGUCAAUCCUCCGAUAACGACACCGAUUUGACCAAGAAAAAGCUGAUAAGUCCAAAAUAUGUGUACGAGAGCAUGUCCGACCUGGCCAGCAUCACAAACAGCGCCAUCUUCGUUAGCGAAUCUGAGCUCCUGUCUAGCAAACGCAAGAUUGAUGGUAAUAAGCAGGUCAAAAGGCUGAGGACUGUAGACACUCCCAAGUUCAAAUAUGCUAAAAAACCAGAAUUAGUGGAUGAGAAAAUUGAUGAAGAGCUGGGCGCCUUGAAACUUAACUACAAGAAGGAUCUAAGUGACGGAGAUUCAGUGGAAAGCAAAGACCUUCUGGACAGCUCUUAUCUCUUGAUACAACAUAAAUAUUCUAGAAAGUUAAAAUCAAAAUCCCGGGAUGAAAAAAAUAUAAAAACGUCGGACGCCUUGAAGAUAUACCACAAUAUGGAUUCAAGUCCCAGAGUUUCGAAGGAAAGUAAGCACCUACGGGACAGCUCGGAUCCCUUAACUUCACACAAACAUGCUAGAAAGUCGAAAUCAAAAUCAAAUCAGAACAUUGAAAAACCAAUGGACGCAUUGAAGGUAGAGAACAAAAAGGUUGACAAAGUCACUGAGUUAAGGUCUAAUGUCCUAAAGUCCAAAUAUGCUAAAAAACCAAAACUAGUGGAUGAACAAAUUAGUGAUGAUUUGGGCGCUAGAAAGCCAAAAUUAAGCUCUCUGGAUGAGAAAAUUAUAAAAGCGUUGGAAGCCUUGAAGAUGAAUAGGGAUCCAAGUCCCAGAGUUUCGAAGGAAAGUAAGGAACUUCGGGACAGCUUGGAUCCCUUAACUUCACACAAACAUGCUAGAAAGUCAAAAUCCGGGGAUGAGAAAAUUGGAAAACCGAUGGACGACUUAAAGGUAGACAACAAAGGCAGAAAGGUGGUCGAAACUAAGGACCUUUGGGACACCUCUGAUCUCUUACAUUCUUCCACCACGCCACAGAAAAAGAUUCAGAAGAAGAGGAAAUCAAAAAGAGGGCUAAGUAGUCAAUCCUCCGAAGACGACUCAGAUUUGAUGAUGAAAAAGCUGACAAAACGAAAGCAUAAGUACGAGAAGAGCGCCUCCGUAGAGGCCAGCGUCACAAACAGCGCCGCCUCCCUUAGUGAAUCGGUGAAAAAAUUAGUCAUGGAAAAUGAUCCCCGGCGAAAAUUUAUUCGCAAAUCCAUCGGUUUUGGUCUACCCCAUGCGGAUUUCCAACCAAAGCCUCGGACGGAAAGAAGUCGGAAAUCGGUGCACGGAAGGAGGAGUGUGUUUAAGGACUCCCUUAGAAAGGAGUAUAAGGAUAACGAUAAAUCAGGUGAUUCCGCUGAUUUUAAAGCAGAUCAUCAAUUUGACGAUCAGAAUGUAAGUCCAGCUGGCGGUAUAAUGGAUUAUCCCGACGGACAGAAGCCAGAUAAUACCGCCCGUAGAUUAGGUCCUUCCGUUGUGUUUAUAGCAGAUGUUAAAAUUGAAGAUCCAGAAAGAAGUAAUUCCGAUCCCGAAAUUGAUGAUCAGAGGAGCAACCAAGAUAUAAAAAAGACUGGUGAAGAUCAAGAUAAAAGCAAGACUAGCAAAAAUCAGAAUAAAAUUCCAUCUCUUGAACAAGCUCGUAAUCUAAAAAAUAUUGACCUUGAUCUUCUGCCACAGGUUGGUAAAUUCGGAAGUUUGACCGGAAGUGCAAGUGAAGUGGAAGCAAUGUCAGACUUAGAGUCGGUCUACAACGAGAGUACCGCUUCCUUCCCCAGAAAAUACAACAUAAAAAACUUGAAGUCCAAUGCCAAGUAUAGACCAAUCCAAUACUUUCUAAAGGACGUCAUAGAAUCGAACCCUAUCCUCGAUCAUGCACCCAACGUCCAGGGUCUAAUGCAGGCGGUGGGGAAACACUACAUGUGGGACCAUCUCACGGAUUUCCACAAUGAACUGCUGGCCGGCGGCAUUAGCAAGCAUGAUAUAAAGCGCCUGCUGACCGAAAAGUACCUGACCUACUUGAAGAUCAUUCGAAAGGGCAAGCUCCCGACCGACAAAAAAGCUGACAGUGGUUCGCUUGCCAGCGGAUAUGCUUCCAAUACGCAUUCCCAGAUGGAUCACCUCCGUAACCUCAGGUUUUGGUCUCGUGCUCGGUUGACCUCGCGGCUCUUUCACUUUGGCAAUCAGGGCGAAAACGAGACACAGUCCCAAGUCACUCUAACUGUCCCUAAACCUGAUAAUGCGACGCUUCAGCAGCAGCUGAAGGCGGAGCGGAUAAAGAAAGAUGAUGACCGCCUGCGCCGCCUUCUUCCGACCAGUCAAAUUUCCACCUCCCUAUCAGCCACGAGCUCUAUGAUGUGGGAAGUGGCGUCCGAGGAGGAAGAGGAUCUGCGCCAAAUCGAAGAGCGCUACUCCAUAGAGAACCUCAACAGGAUGAUGACGGAACACAAGCUUCGGUUCCAGGCCAUGGAGCGUGAACGGAAGAUGUCUCGCCAGGAGAAUUCUAGUCAGGAGAAGUCUAGUCAGGAGAAGUCUAGCCAGAAGAAGUGCUGUCAGGAUAAGGUAGAUUCAAAAUACAAGCUGAUGGUGGAGCAUUCGGAUAGUCAAUUGGAGCAACCUCCGCCAAAGAGACCUUCAACGCAAACAUCUAAGAGUAGAGAUGGUCAACCCUUGAGACCCAUCCAGCAGUUGUUCUACUCGCCCCGAAAGACGUGCCGUGAACAGCAGAUUAUCAAAUUAUAUUCAGAGGGCUCCUCCGACGAGCAGGAAGAGGGGAACCAGGAGGACCAGGACUCCGGCACAGAGAUGUGUCCGAAAUGUGGGGUUAAAGUAGACAUCCCAUACUCGAUCCCAUCGCCCAAGGCCAGCAGUGCGAUCCUGUCCAGCGGCUCCAUCGAAGCCUGCGCCAAGAAUGAGCUUCUGGUCAACACAAUGGCGGAUGUUUGCACUCGCUGUGGCUAUGUCCAUAACGAGGCCAAUCCCUGCACCCAACCCCCCGAAGAUCAAAGAAAAACUGUGGUCCUGAGACUGAUUAAAGCCGUUCAGGCUGUAAGAUCCACAUCUCAACCGUCAAAGUGCUCGGAAUCCUGCUCGUGCAGAAAGAUCUUCAACUGGCAGGAGAAGGACUUAAGUUGCACGUCCAAACUCCGUCGAGUGGAACCCAGAGUGCGGAGAUGUCCAGGGGCUGAUGAAGGCGGCGGGGAUGGAUGAGAGCACCAAAUCAGCCGGCUGAGGCGAAUGAAACAUUUGGUUUAAGUGCUAAAUAAAUUCAAGUAAUGAGUUUGCCUCUGUC